CGCGCUCUGCUUCCCAUGGCCGGGUCCAUCGCGGCCUCGGCCUUCUUCCCGGGGCCGCCGGCGCCGCCGCCCGCGCCAAAGAACGCCCUCGGCGAGCGCCCGGACAGCCUGGACGUCCGCGGCAUCACCGCCGCGAAGCCGGCCUCGGCGUCCUCCUCCGCCGUGCGAGCCGCCAGGACGCGCGCGCACGCCGCGGUGCCCAAGGUGAACGGCGGCAAGUCCGCGCUGGAGCACGAGCCCGCCGCGUCCCCCUCCUCCUCCUCCUCGUCGGCGGCGCCCAGGACGUUCUACAACCAGCUGCCCGACUGGAGCAUGCUCCUGGCCGCCAUCACCACCAUCUUCCUCGCCGCCGAGAAGCAGUGGACGCUCAUCGACUGGAAGCCCAAGCGGCCCGACAUGCUCGUCGACACCUUCGGCUUCGGCAGGAUCAUCCACGACGGAUUCAUGUUCAGGCAGAACUUCUCCAUCCGGUCAUACGAGAUCGGGGCCGACAGGACGGCCUCCAUCGAGGCGCUCAUGAACCACCUGCAGGAAACUGCACUCAAUCAUGUGAAGGGCGCCGGGCUGCUAGGAGAUGGCUUUGGUUCGACACCGGAGAUGAGUAAACGAAACUUGUUCUGGGUUGUCAGUCAAAUGCAGGCCAUCGUCGAGCGUUAUCCGUGCUGGGGUGACACCGUCGAGGUGAAUACUUGGGUUGGUCCUCAUGGUAAAAACGGAAUGCGUCGAGAUUGGCAUAUACGCGAUUCUUUGACGGGCCAUACAGUAAUGAAGGCUACAAGUAAAUGGGUUAUGAUGAACAAGCUUACUAGAAAGCUUGCGAGAAUUCCUGAUGAAGUGCGGACUGAGAUAGAGCCAUACUUCUUUGAGCAUGCUGCUAUUGAAGAUGAAGAUAACCGAAAACUUCCUAAAUUGCCAGAACAUGACCGUGCUACCUCAGCCAAAUAUGUCCGGACAGGCCUGACUCCUCGGUGGGCUGACCUUGAUAUCAAUCAGCAUGUCAAUAAUGUUAAAUAUAUUGGCUGGAUACUUGAGAGUGCGCCAAUGUCCAUUCUGGAGAAUCAUGAACUGGCGGGCAUGGUCCUGGAUUACAAAAGGGAGUGUGGCCGAGACAAUGUCCUGGAGUCGCACACUACCGUGUACACAGAUUGCACCAACGAGUCCGGAGAAACAACUUUGCACUGUGAGCAUCUGCUGAGACUGGAAUCAGGACCUAUCAUAGUGAAGGCCCGGACCACGUGGAAGCCCAAGGGAACCAAGUGCCAGGAAACGUUGGCUCUAUCAUGGUGAUUUUCGGCAGGGAACAAUUUGGUAAAGCCGCGAACGACUACUCUUGUUUUCUACUGGAAAGCACACAUAUACAUGGAUUAUAGAUUUAUAAUCCCAAUAGGCCGUGACAAUGGGAUACCAAAGUUAUUUAGAAAGAAAAUGUGUGAGAAGGGUGGAGAUUAUAAGAGGAGGACAAUUAAGGAAGUGAUGAAGCACAGUACAGAAGACAAAGAAGGCCUCUUGUGCAUGCUUUGUCGUUACAGUUUUCUUUUCUUUGUGAAGAUCUUGAGCUGCAGGAAUGGGUGUUGUAAACUUGUAAUUACUGAGAUUGUAGCGACUGUUGUGUGAUGGGAAGUGAAUGCUUCUCACACUCCUAUGUAGGGCUGUGUCUAUAUAUAAUAGGAGCCCUUGAAAGCAGUUUGUUGUAGGGAAACUUUAAGUUCAUACAGAUUAUAUUGAUUUAUUGUAAAUUCGAGGUA